CUCUCUGUCUCUCUCUCUGUCUCUCUCUCUAUCUUCAACGCAAAGCUCUUUUUCUCUCUCUCUUCUCUCUAACCUAGAGCUAGGGUUUUCGAAGAUUUCGCACUCAAAUUCUGCUCCAACAGCUCUGAAUCUGCUCAUGAGGUUCGCAUCCAUAGCUUCGUCUUCAGAUUCUGCAACUGUUGAUGCUGUUUUUAGGGUGUGCCGCGAAGUAUCGGAGCGAAGCUAGUGAGUGGUCCAUUUGAUCGGUGUUUCGAUAGAACCAAGUUAUUUUGUGACAUGGAGAGGAGCAUUGUGGUGGCUGAAAAUCAACAGAGAAGUGAUUCUACUCCCUUGUCCAAGUCAUCUGGAUCACUAAUCAGGAUCGACACUAUAUCUAUAAACCUUGCUGGUGCUAUGGAUAACCAUCACGAGGCAAGGAAUUGUGAGCAUUUUUCUAUACGUGGAUAUGCUGCCGAAAUGCGAAAAAAAGACAUAACUAUUUGUUUGCCAUUUGAUUUUGAUGGUAACCAGAAUAAGUCAGAGGAGCAAACAAGCAUGCUUCCUCCUUUACAUGUUGCCAAAUUCAGGUGGUGGCGUUGCCAAAAUUGUCAAAGGGAGAUUGGUGCUACAAGUGCUGCAGAAGAAAUUGGAUUGGUUCCUGAUUGUUGCCAAAGUGGACUUUUGUCCAUCAACACCUGUCCUCACAUGCAAUCCCCUGGUGAUGCAGCAACGGUACUGUCAGAUUCACAGCAAGGUCCAAGGCUUGACAAUUUUGUGGGAAAGACAACUGAUGUCAACACUUCUACCAAUGUAAAUAGAGAUGUAAUUCGGCUUUCCUCAUGUGGUUAUAUCGAAGAAAAAAAAGGUGAAGCUGGACAUACAUCUGUAAUUGGUCCUGAGAAUGGUCCAGGAAAUCAUGUAAAUCAGAAAAUUAGCCAUCCAACUUGUGAUGUAACAGAACUUAAUCCAUGCUUGAUUCGAGAAAGCCAUGCAGACGGCCUAGAUGCUCUUAGAUCAAAAAGCAGUGGCUUGGUGGAAUUUUGUGAGCCAAGCAGAACUCAUGCAGCUGCGGAUACUAAAAACCUCAACUACAUGGGUAACAGUUCUGCUGAAAUUUGUCAAAUGGGAACACUGACUUCUGCUCGUGGUGACCAGAGAAUUGUAUCAAUGGCUUGUGAAAUCCCCAAGGUAGCUGGUAGAACUGAUGAUGGUAUAAAUAUUGUCAAGGGGAAGACAACCACAAUUCCUUUUGUUGAACCGGAAGAGCAUGAUAAUCUGUCAUCUGAAAGUGAUGACAUCUUGGCUGAAAGCAGUCAUCGUGAUCAGCACCUUGAUAAUACAAGUGGUUUAAUCCGUCAAAAAACUCAAAAAGUGCGCCUUCUGACUGAGUUGUUGGGUUCAAAAAGGAAUGCAGAAACUGAUCAUGUCAGGACAGAUAGUGCUCAUUCCAGUGCAUCUGCUGGGUCAGAUUCAGUUUCUGCUCUCCGAGGUCAUGUAGCUGUCCAAGGAAGUGUUAUGAAGAAUGUUGGUGGUCCUAAAGGAAAAAGAAAGAUGUCUCAAGACAAAGAUUGGAAACCUCUGGAGUUGAUCUGUCCAAGCAAACAGAUUAAAAAAGCCAAGUCAUUCAAGGGAGAUGCAAAAAUGAGUAACUUAAGCAUUGAAAUUGCUGAUUCUGAAUCAGAAGAUGCAUCAGCUGGAGAUACUUUGCAAGCUGGUGUGAGGAGUCAAUGGAAUCAAUAUAGAAUUGACAGUAAUUCUCCAUCGAGUAAAAAGAAAAAUAAGCAAACUCGCUUUGACGGUGGAUAUUCUCCCUUAUUGUUUCAACAAGAGGUUGUGCCCAAAACAAAUCAAAUCAAAAUUGUAGAUGCAGAGAAACAUUGUACUGAUGCCGAAGGUGGUUUUUCACAAUCAACCCAUGAUACAUUCAUUAACAGAGGAAUGGAACCAUAUUUUGGAAGUUCUCUGUCUCCACAACAAGCUGAGAGAAAAUCUAGUUUGUUUAAGAAAAAGAAUAAACCAGUUGGGGCAAUGCAGGCUUGUUUAAUGCCUCAAGGGAACAGUGUGCUUGGAAGACCUUCAAUCAUAAGAAAAGAUUUACAUAACAUGGAGACUGAGCCUGGAACUUCUACACAAAGUCUGGAUCUCUCUCUUAACAGCUAUGUGGUUGCACAAAGAAAUGAAAAAAGACAAAUUGCUCAGACUGGACAUGGGAUUGAUUCACUGUUGGCCCAGAGGAAGGGCAUUUCAAGAGAAGAUCAUCAUCUGAUAAAAGAUAUUAUGUAUGUUGGAGAGUCGAGUGUUUCUCAAAAAUCUGCCCCAGAACAACUGUUCGGAAAAGGAUUACUGUGUGAUCUCAAUGAGAAAAUCACCAAUCACAGAACGUCUCCUCUGCGUGAGAUGCAGAAUCUUGUUUCUCGGGUUGAAGACCGGAGUUUUUCUCAGCAUCAACUAUUGGCUUUUGCUGGUACUCGCAAGAGUGAAAAUACAAGUGAUGUUCAAGAACAAGGAAAUGACGACAUCCCGAUGGAAAUUGUUGAACUCAUGGCGAAAAAUCAGUAUGAAAGACGUCAUUAUGAGGCGGACAGAAAUCAUUUUUUCUCAGAACAGACCAAUGACAAAAGAAAUGCUGAGUUAAUGGGUUUUCCUAGAGUUCAUGGGAAUGGGGUGUUUAGACCGUUACAUGAAGACAGCAACUGCAUGAGAAAACCUCCAGCUGGCAUAGGUAUGUUUACAACAAGGGAGAAUAUGGGACCCACCAAACAAAAUCCCAUUAACUGUUUUUCUGAUAUCCGUGGAGAUCAUUUCAAUAUAGGUCAAUUGGAGGGAAAUUCUGCCUUUUCAGGGUUUAGUGCAUUUUCACAGUGCCAAGAGAUGCGCUCAGGUAGAAUCCAAAGAUCUGAUUCUAGUCCCAUCAGAAAUGUUACCCCUCAAAAUUGCAAAUGGAAAAAUGAGAAGGUGCCAGGCAGAUUCUCUUCUACCAAAAAGCCAGUCUUAGAAGUCUAUAACUCAUACCAGCAUGGUUCACAACAGAGUGAAGAAGCAGAGCAUGCUAGGUCCCUUUUGAUGCCAACCGUUUCGAGAACUAAUCACAUGCCUUUUGGACUUAGCAUUCCUCAAAAGAAUGAAACUCAGUCAAGUAACCGUGAAAAAUAUUCACAAUUCCCAGACACACCGCGUGAUGGGAGAAGGAUUGGGAAUCUUGAUCUGAACUUUAUGAAUCUGAAUGCUAACAAUCUUGAAAAUCAGAAUGGGAAUUUUGGUUCAGAAUCUUUCAGAAGGACAUCUACCGAAUAUCCAUUUGCUUUCAAGCGUGGGGGAUUUGAUCUCAACACAAAGGUAUCAGGAUCACUCGAUCUACAUUCUAAUGAAACCAUACCUGCUAUGCAAUUGCUCAGCCUCAUGGAUCCAGGGAUGCAGUCUUGUUCAUCUUUCAACUUGAAUGGAAAACAUAAGUUUUUCACCAAACCUUUUGUUCCCUGUGAUCAUCACCCAAAGGUUAGUCUGGAUGGGACAUCUAAGGUCCUUGAGAAACCUCUGAUUCUCUGUGAUCACCAUUCGAAGUUCUCUGGGCGAGGGACUGGUGUGGUAUAUGGUGAUAGCUCAAGACAAACACCAUCUUCUUUUUAUGGUAAAAAUCACCCUUCAGAGAAAUCUUGUGCUGUUGUUGAUGUUGGUUCAUUUGCUUCUCCGUAUAAAAAUGAUGGUGAGUUUAAAAGAGGUGCUGAUUUUACUGGUCAAGUUCCAUUGAAGUCUGAAAAGCAAGGGAAAGCAAUUGCACAAAGCCAAAGCCGUAGAAAAUACCUUUGUAAGAGAGACAGGUGCACUGUCAACAGAAACCCGGCUGAGUUUAAUGUUCAAGAAAGAGAAAAAUACAUGAUUAGCGGUAAAAAGCUGAAAUUCGGAAGGAAGAUUCCUUCCAAAGGCAGAUCCGGAUUGAUUAAUGUCAAUGGGAAGAAGCAUCAGAGAGUCACAAAGCUCACAGCUAUGAAAGAGCAUCCACAACAUUAUACAUCAUGAAUGUGCUCAAAUGCCAAAACUGCGCUUUGAAACCUCUUUCAUUAAAAUUAUGGUUGUUGGACAACUUUUCUGCAAGGGCAUCACCGAAGACUGUAUCUUGAAUUUCCAUCUCUCUCUCUUUUUUCUUUUUUUUUCUUUUUUUUUUCAGCAGAUGAAGUUUUGAGGCUCUAUUUAGCAAUAAUAGAAAAUCUUACAAACUAUAUGGAUGUUCAGACAGUAAAAUUCUGGGGGCUAUGAGACCAUUUCCUCUGGAUAUCAACAGUUUCUUCCUUUUCCAAGUUGUGGGAUGACAGCCAUUGCUGGGGGCUAGGUACAGCCUGCAUAUGAUCAAUUGUGGAUCGAGCUUUCAUAAUAGACUUCACAUGUAUUUUGGAAUAUGAUCUAUGUCAUGCCUUAAGUUUUUUGUUUUUUGGUUUAUUUAAGAAAAAAACUCUCAGAUGAUUGUUUAGUAUUUUGAUUGGUACUGAUUUAUGGUUUGCUGAAUAUUAUGCUCUAUCUAUGACUGGAAAGGUUUGUGAAAAAGAUCUGGAAAUAAGCUAAUUGAGGA